UCUGCGCGAGGCGUCUGUCAGUUGGCAUUGAUUCAGCAAGGAGAAAGACAUGGAGAAGAAAAAUGCCAAGCCAAGCGCCAAACCAGAAGAUCACCGAAACACCGAAACAGCUUCACCGAAACAGCACCCGAAGCACCCGCCCAAGAAGAAAGACAGGAGGCACAGCGGCAAACUACCGGCCGUCGUCAAAAGUCGGUUGAGUCCCAAAAAGUCCGUCGGGUCCAAAAGUCACGUCGCGUCUUCCGGCUCGCCAGUAUCUGAACCAUCACCUACACGAGCAUCUCCAGCAGCACCGGCACUUCCACACGAAGGAAUAUCUGAACCGGAGAACCAUACUGAAGAUAUGGACAAGGGCAAGCCUACCAGCGAUAUUGUCUCCGACGUCAAGAGUGUCGAUAAGUCGACGAGGCGCUCACGUUUCCUGAGUGUGGACGUUCCCAGGGACAGUCCCCCUCAGGAGGAGUUUAGUGAGAUGAUACGAAGCAUGAAAGAAUCUGCCAGAGCCACUGAGAGGACCAGUCAGCCGGAGAAAACCACUCAUUCGGAGAAAACCACUCAUUCGGAGAAAACCACUCAUCCGCAGAAAAAGAAAACCGUCCACUCAGUCGAAGAGAAACAUCGGACGGCCAACACAAAGAUUAGCCCGGCAUAUGUCACGUCCCGAGUCUCAAGAUUUUUCGCUCUCCGAGGAAUCACUUCAGUGGAGAGAGACGACACCGAAUACCCACGAAGAGGGAGAAUCAUCGCAAUAUGCACUCUGGUACUGGCAUUGUGCCUAAUAGGGGUUGUAGUGCUGACGUACGUUCUUCUGUCAGUCCACUCUGACGACAGCACCCUGGUCUGCACCACUAAAGAGUGUCUCCGGGUCAGCGCAGACAUGGCUGGGCUGCUCAACGAAGCAAUUCAUCCGUGUGACGACUUUUACGACCACGUUUGCCAUCACUGGAUCACCACCGCUGGCUCCAGCUUUCUUGACGACGCCAUUGGUGCAUUUUACAACACGCUCGACUCGAUCCUCCGUUCCGCAGAUCUCGUCCGGACACGGAAGGACGGUAUGCACGUCUUCGUCGAUCUCUACUCUUCCUGCAAGAAGUUCAUGUUGAACAACGCUACGGACAGCUUCAAAGACGAUGUUAAAAGUGCCGGAUCGGCACUCAAUAUAUCGGCAUUGGUGAACGCACCAAACUUUCCUACACUCUUUCAGCAGCUACUGAUAAUAGCUUUCGACACUGGAAUUCACUCGAUCUUCAGCAUGAGUUUUCAGCGAAAGGAUAAAAAGAGCGUGCUCCAUAUAUCGAUUGGAAGAACCAUUGCGGAAAAGAUACGCGACUUGCUUAUAGAGACACGGCAACCGUACUCCGGUACCGCAGACAGUUACAUUGCUGAUGUCGUUGGCGCGUUAGCCAGCAAGAAAAGCGCGGAGAAAAUGGCGGAAGGGGUGAUUUCUUACGACGCGAAAUGGGACAACAGCUCUAAAGACGUGACAUCCAAGUACUUGUCCUUCAAAGAACUGGCAUUCAUAUUAGGCGAUUAUCCCGUUGAAGAAUUCCUGAAGCUGAUCAACAACGCCGCACCGCCGUAUCUUCGGCAAAACCAAGAGAGCUACGUCUACCUCACUGGGAAUGCGGCUAUCGACAGGGUGCGCUACGACAUGUAUUACAUGGACGCACCACUAAGAGCGAUGUAUUCGUCUGUGAACGUGCUGACGGAUGUCUUGCAAUAUGCCUUUCUACGCAAUUUUGUCACCGAGAUUCGUACGGCCACUGUCAUCUGCAUUAAGGUGGCACAGCGUUCCCUCAUAUACGCUGGACCUUAUCUCGCGAGUCUCCUCUCGGGCUACACAGACAGCCCGUCGCGUAUCAGGAAGAUGACACGACAGGUAAAAGAUGGCUUACUCGACACUCCAUCCCUGCAGUGGAUGGGCUCUGUGGCAAUCAUCGACAUCAAGAGUCUCCUGGACAACACGGCUUACCUGAUGUAUGAGGACGACUACUUCUCGAGUCUGACAUCAGGGAUUGACUAUACUACUUUCUCAGUCAAAGAUUCUGACUUUAUGUCCGCGUGUGUCAAGGUGAAGACCUUUGAAAUGCAGGUAGCGCUCCGGAAUCUUCCAACCGAGCAAACGGCGUUACUAUCGAAGCGCCAAUUUGUGCCUUAUGUCUCGUCCACUCCAAGUCUUAAUCUGAUCAUCAUCCCAACCAUUUUACAAGGUCCGCCGAUAUUUUAUUUCGACCAAAGCCUAGGUAUUCCAAUCUAUUUCAACUAUGGCACGCUCGGGGUGCAGAUCGGCAAGCGACUCGUGGAACUCGUUCGGCGCACCAGGAAUUGGGCCAGUGAAAGCCAGAGGAAGUACGCUGUUCUGGGAUCCUGCAUAGGCGAAAUGCGCACCUUCCUUAAUCUGUCAAGAGACGAGAGCGGUAGCCCGCAUACUUGGAUAGCGAAUGCCUUCGAUUUGUCGUAUGGCUCUCGCAUGACGUUUGAGGCACUUCGAGCUCUCGUUAACCAGGGCCGAGUCUCGACGGCAAAGGCCAAAGUGGCGUUGAAGACUUUCUUCAUCCGGUCGUGCAUGUUCUUUUGCGGCUCCCCUUUCACGGAUUCCCACCUGACUGCGAAAGAGCGCUGUCUAAUGGCAACUAUUACAAAUCCAGCAUUUUCCGAAAUAUUUCAGUGCACUGGUAGGGCAGCAGCAGCCGUCCCGUCCUGCGUACCAACAAUGUUCGCCGAGAAGGAUAGAAUUUAGAAUAGAACUGAAGACUGAAUAGACAGAAUUUUUCUAUUGUUAGAUAAAGAAUAUAAUUUUUGCU